AUUAAGUAUUUUUAUAUUAGCAUUGAAAAUGAAAGGACCUAAAUAUGUGGAAACCAAUUUCCAAUUGUUAUUGUAAAGAAGGUUGGAAUACAACAAGCACAUCAAACAAAUAAAGAAUGCAAAAUGUAAUCCAAUGCUGGAGAAGAGAGUAACUUAUUAUAUUAUAAUUUAGUCUUUAUCACAGUAAUAGUCCUUUGUUAAGCAACUUGAGUAAAAUUGGAAGUAAGCUAAUCUGAAAAGAGAGCAAAUGAAAUAUGAAGAGAUAGUUAAACUAAAUACAAAAAUGCUAAUAAAAGUGGCGAAUGCUAAGGAGGACCAAUUAUUUACAUAGAGUAAUUAGAAACCUUAUUGAAGAUUCGCAAAAGGGUCGAAUUGACUCAGCAAGAUCAAGCAAAUCUUUACACAGUGUUAUAAAGAAGACAAAGGAGAGGGAGUUAUUUCAAGAAAACAAAAGGUUGAAAGACAAAAUUGAGAAUGUGUAAUCUUCAAUUGCAUACAAUAAAAUAAUAGAGAACUUCAAUAAGUAAGUAGAAGAAAAAUAGUUAGACAUCAAGGUGAGCGAGAUCGAUUGACAAGAAACUCUUAUCAGAAGUAGAAAAAGAUUAAGGAGUUGUUGGAUAACCUGACAUCUUAAUCUAAAACAUCUCUUCACUCUAAAAAUAACCAAAUUAAUUAGGUGCCAAAAUUAAGGUUGCCAAAAAUCAAUUAACAGGGGUAGAGUGCGAAAUCAAUACAAUAACUAAACAAAUUGAGAGUGGAUGGUUUCUACACAGCCAGAUGA